GUACCGUACCGUGCCGCGCCGUAUUAUAAUAAAGUCCUCCGUUAAUGGGGAUGUAUUUUCCGCUACCCCGUAAGGUACCGGUAUUGCAGUGCUCCAUACCAGCCAAAUCUAUCGGCCAUGGCCUGUAAUAUUAAUAUUAUCCACCUUCAUCUCUUUCACCGAACCAGUUCUCGUGCUAUUUCUGGCACCACUCUUACGACGACAUUUCGACUCGGUACCACUCAAAAUGCGCUACGGAAACCCAGUUCUCGUUCAUUAUCAACCAGUGCCACCUUCACAUGGGACGACGUCCUUCGAAUCUCAGAACCCAAAAGCGUUUCAGACGAAGUUACCGAUCUCAGUGGCUAUUUUGAAAAGAUUAAAAUGUGCAAUCGAGGAUCAGAAAUGCGAUUCGAGUUCAUGCCUUUUGUUAUUGAGGACCAAAUCGUUGGUUAUAUUCAUAACGAGUUUGCUGAGAAUUUGAGGAAGUUCCAGAAUGUGUUCAAGUUCUUACCAGAUAACUCCAAUGGUGGCUGCCAUGGAGGCCGGGUGACAUUGCAUUCGUCGCUUAAGACCCCAGAAGAAAGGACCAGAGCAGUAGGAGAAGUAGUUAAGAGCUUAGGGAAGCCACUGAUUCCAGGUAUUCGGAAUGAGCUUUUCCCUGUGAUUUCGUCUUUUGGUGCAUCACCAUUUUUCUCGUUAGAGCGUGCAGCUGCUCCUUAUUUUGGAAUAAAGGUUUAUGGAGUUCACAUGAAUGGUUAUGUUGAGAAAGAAGGACAGAAAUUUCUAUGGGUUGGGAAGAGAAGUCAAGGGAAAUCUACCUUCCCGGGAAUGCUCGAUCAUCUUGUGGCUGGAGGACUGCCUCAUGGGAUUGCAUGUGGGGAGAAUGUGGUGAAGGAAUGUGAAGAGGAAGCUGGGAUACCGAGAUCCAUUUCCAGCAGUGCUAUAGCAGUUGGUGCUGUUUCGUACAUGGACAUCGAUAAAUACAGAUACAAGAGGGAUGUUUUGUUUUGCUAUGAUUUAAAACUUCCCGAAAGUUUUAUACCUAAGAAUGAAGAUGGCGAGGUGGAAAGUUUCAAGUUGAUUCCUGUGACACAUGUUGCAAAUGUCAUACGUAGGACAUCCAUUUUCAAGCCAAAUUGCUGUCUUGUCAUCAUAAAUUUUCUAUUUCGGCACGGCUAUAUUCGUCCCGAAAAUUAUGGAUACUUGGAUCUGCUGCAGAGUUUGAGAAGUGGAGAUUACUCUUAGGACUGCUUGGUACGAGUAAUGUUAUCAUAAGAAUGAGAAAGAAGAUUUUUUUGGUAGUAAAUUUUUUAUUCUUAGGAGAGUGAUCUCCAAUGUCUCAAGAAGCACGACUAUAAGUACUGGAGACCAAAUUGUAGAGAAUAACAUUAAUUAGUAACCGAACAUGUUGAAAUAUGAUUAAAUCUCAAGGUGAUGAAAGUAAUGAUAUUUUCAUUGUUUCCUA